UACUCGUUUGUUUUUAUUUUUUAUUAUCACAGGGACGGACAAUCAGAGACAAAUAAUAAUAAAAAACUUUGAUUUCCGAAGUUUCAAAAUGAAUAUUAGCUCUGAGGUAAAUGCUAUUGUAGAGCAAGCUCCAGAAUGGAACUUUGCUGGCGAUUGUGCUCUGCUAGAGUUAAUGAAGCGAAUUUCCGAGAAUUUGAAGGAGCGAGGAGAACACACAAGCCAAAAGCUGAGGGAAUUUGAAACCAGUGUCCGGACUACAGACAUUGCCCUGAAUAAUGCCACCAAUAGUUUACGUUCACUACAAUUUGGACAACAAUUUGUUGAAUAUCGAAUAGAAGAAGUGGACGAUGAUGAUUUCUUAAUGCCGGAGACACGGGAAAAAAUGCCACUGCCACCAAAGCAAGGUCCCCAGGAAAUGGCUAAAGAAUUUCUUCAAAAUAAUUUAAAUAUGCUUCGCAAGAAUUUUGAGCCGGUAACUUUAGAUGUUCCUGAUUCCGAUGAAGAUGAGGAUUUGGAAGGAUCCAAAGAGCAAACCACACUUUAUCGUCCCAAGAAUCCCUAUGAUGCCAUACCUAUACCCUACAUAAUUGGCUCUAAGGAAUGGCAAGAGCAUAAAUAUGCUGGUCUGUAUGAAAGCCGGGAAAACAGCGAAGAUGAACAAUCCGAGGAGUUUUCCUCCAGCUCAUCCGAUGAAAAGGAUGAGCUCCGAAAAACGGAGACUAAUCUUUCGCAAUCGGACUCCUCGUCAGUGGCACCUUUAAGAAGAGAUCCAGUGGCACCUUUAAGAAGAGAUCCAGUGGCACCUUUAAGAAGAGACCCAGCAAUUGAGAAAGUAAAACAAACUACCCCAUCACCUCCAAAAUCGGCUCCUGAACAGGCACCUAGGACUCAACCACGCCCCAUUAUAAGUAGCCAAACCAAGCAGCAGCUCCAUGAACACGAUUUAUUUGCAGCCCUUAGACAAUCGCCACCAAGUGAUGAUGCGCCCUCCACAUCGUCGUCAAUGAGAUCUUCGCCAGCCUUUGCCCACUUGCCAGCAACAGAUGGAGGACCCUCGUUAAGCUCGAGCUCGAGUAGCGCUGCUAUACAGCCGCCACCACCCAAAGUGUUUGAAAAAGAAGAGCUUCCAAAGCCUCUGCCCACUGAACUGCCCAAGGAAGUUGUUUCUAAACCUUCAAAUCCCAUCAAGCGCAUGCCGGUCAAUCUGUUCAAUGAUGAUGAGUUUAAUUCAUUUAUGACGGAAAUCGUAGACAAGGCCCAGGGCAAGACGACCACUGCAAUAGAGAAAAAGCCUGCGAAGGAAUCUCCAAAAAAAGAUUUAGAAGAACAGAAGGCACACACCCCAAAAAUUGAGAUUAAAAGCAAGACAAUGAACCUAUUCGACGAUAGUCCACCCUCGAGUCCUGCAUUUAAGCAGCCAGCUUCUAAGACCUCUCCUGAAGCAACACCUGCAGUUUCUACUGUGAAACCAUUGCCCAAAUCAUUAUUUGAUGACGAUUUGGAUGACUUUGAUGAUGACUUUUUAAGUUCAUUAACGGCAAAGGCCAAGGCAAAAACAAAGCCCAUAGAACAAAUAACAAAGAGAACAUCGCUCUUUGAUGAUGAUGACGAUGAGUUAGAUAUAGAUGAUAUAUUUACAAAGAAAUCUCUACCAACAGCUAAAUCCAAAUCUGCUCUAUUCGAGCCUGAAACAACGCCACCGUCACCGCCAGCGGUAUCUAUGAAGAAAAGUCUCUUUGAUGAUAUUGAAGACGAUGAAGAUAUCUUUGGGACACCAAAAACUAUGAAACCACUACCUAAAAAUGAAAUAGAGCCACCAGAAGAUGAAGAAUAUCAAGAGGAGGAAGACAAAAUGGAACCUAUAAUGAUUGUUAGUGCAGAAAAACCACCAGAAGUGAUAAAAGAAGCAAAGUCCAUGACUAAAUCUAUAAAUGUAACAGAUUUAUUUAAUGAUGAUUUUAGUGAUGAUGAGAUUAAUACAGUUCUGAAAACAAAUCAAACCAAAAUUCAGCCAACGAACAAGGAAGCUAAAGAUGAACAACAUGAUAAAUCAGUAGGAAACGAUGGAGGUGAUCAAAAUGAACUUUUUAAGGACGUUUCGCAGAAUGCAUUUACAGAUCCACCAAUUGAUUCAGAAAGUAAUGAUCUUUUCCAGAAAUCAAUUAAAAGUUUAGAUCAAGAUUCGUCUGAUAUUUUUGCUGUUCCACCCGUUGAUUCUGCGAAACCACAAAUAGAUCACCCUACAGAAGUUAUCUCUGAUUUAGAGGACGAUUUAGUAAAAGGGGAACUUUUUACUAAAAUUCCAAUAGAUUCAAUGCCAAUUUUAAGCGAUUCCCCACCGCCGGAUAUUGCAGAUGAGAGAAAAGAAGAAGAUCCCAUUAUAUCUAUGAUAGCUGAAGUCACAAGUAAUCGCCAAAAUCAGGAAAAUUCUCCAUCUUAUAAUGCCGCGCAGGUGGCAUCUGCACAAACAAUCAUGCAGAAUUAUACAAGUCUCUUUGAUGAACCACCCGAUGAUACGGAAUUCUUUUCGAGUUUGGCUAACAGCAAUUUGAGUAGUUUAAGUGCCUCGAAAAUAUUUGAUGUCCAAGAUCAGGAUUUCUUUGAGCCAGCUUUACCAAAGAUACCAAGUGCAACCAAACCAACAACAACCACAUCGAAUACGGGUAUAUUCAGCGAUGUACCACCAGAUGAUGAUGCUGAUGAUAAUGAAAAUGUUGAUGAUCAUUUUAUACCAACAACAACAGCAUCUGUGGAUGUUGAUGGGAAUACAAAACGUAUUCAUACCAUAUUCUAUGACGAUUUCAGUGAGACAGCUAGAGCUGGCUCUACAAUUGGAGCUGGUACUCCGAAUUUGCCCAUUGUUGACGAAGAUCCGUUGCCUCAAGCAGAUGAAGUAGAUCGUCAUGUUCCAAUAGUACCACCGAUUUCACCGGUUAAAAAACUGGUAAUGCCCAACAUAAAUAUUAAUGUGCAGGCUCUAAUGCCAGGUUUAGGGCCGAAAUUGAUUAAGAAAACUGAAAUGCCUAAAGAGAAAAUGUCCGAACCUGCCAGCUCGGACAAUACUUUGCAACAUGUUAAUAAAACUCGUGUACGGGGUCCAGCUCAACGUCGUCCCUCGACAAGAAGGGGUAGAAAAGAGAACUAUGCCAAGUCAUUGCUAGACGAAGAACGACAGCAAGUAGAGAAAACAAAAGAAGAACCAUCAAAAGUUCCUGUGAAAGUAAAACCCAAUUUUCUGGAGAGCGAUGAUGACAAUGAUGAUUCGUUAUUUGGUUCAGUCAAGCCAACUACCACUGAGGUCGCUAAAAUUAGUCCUAUGCCAGCUUCGAAUUUGAUAACCAAAAAGCCUGAAGUUAAAAAGACUCUCCAUCAGAGUAAACUCUUCGAUGACAGCGAUGAUGAUGAUAAUGAUGGCUUAGCCAAAGUUUCCCAUCAAAUAACCAAAGAGCAUGAGGUGAAGAAGAGUGCUCCUCCUAUAAAAUCCCAAAGUAAACUCUUUGAUGACAGCGAUGAUGAUGAUGCUGAUGUUUUGGCCAAGGUGACCCAUCAAGUGAGUGUAAAGCCUGCUCCACAAUCGGUAGCCCAGAAAAAGAGUACUGCUUCUGUGAAAUCUCGGAAUACUCUGUUCGAUGACAGCGACGAUGAUGAUGAUGAUUUGUUUGCCUCGGCAAUUCCUGCUCCCGCACCCACUAUGCCAGUGUCAGUUAAGUCAACGGCUACUGCAAAAGUUACACCCAACACAAAAAAUGUUACCCUAAAGCCUAGCAAAAGCCUUUUUAGCGAUGAUGAGGAUGAUGAUGAUGAUGAUCUGUUUGGCAUCAAAAGUGCUAAACCAACAGCCCACAAAGUGGUUAAACCAAAUGUGACUGCAACUGUCAUCCCGAGUAGUUCUAGUAGUUCCAGUAAAUCCAUUCCAUUAAGCACAGAUAAUCCCUUGUCAGAUUUGUUAGACUUUGAGUGAACAAAUAAAGAGAAGUUAUGUGUUAUAUAAAACAUUUGUAUUUACAGAAUUCUUUAAACUUAAAUAAAACAAUUAAAGAGUAUUUUCAAAAUAUCAAAACUAAA